AUGGCGUCAGGAACAGUAGGCUCCCAGCAGACAUGGGAGAAGGCAGGCCAGGAUCACCACGGCGUUGUCGACCUGCCCCUCCAUCACAACGUUGGUUCCGCUCCGCGCUGCAGUGCCGCCGCCCAGCCAUCCUUGCACGACGGGAAGUCUGCUAAUGCCCUCUGCCAACAAACAGACAGACAGACAGACAGACACUCUUCUCGACCGUGCCUCGGCAUGGUCAGCUGCCAGGAAGGCAUUAAUCCCAAACAGCAGUGGCCGCUGCUGCUAAGCCCGUCGCAGCAGUGGCCAUUGAAGCCAUUUUGUCAGAUGACCAGCCGACUCUGCCCGGUCCUGUCCGCCGACGCUACGCCAAGUUGCGGUCUGCCUCAACCUCGAUGGAUGGUUGCUGCUGCUGCCAAAGCCAUGUCCGAUAGACGACUCCUCUCCCCCACAGCCCGAGCCGUGUGAGCAAGGUCGGCCUGCAACCCUCGUGGGAACCCUGGCUUCGUCAUCCUGGUGGCCGUAGCUUCUCCACGUGGAAGGAAGGAGGCGUCCAGUAAUCCCUUGGGGAGUUCCUCACACGCCCUCUUGACGAGUCAAAGUCGGCCGAUAAGUCGCCAUCGAGUCGGUGUAGUAGUCGCGUUGCUUGCUUGACCGGAUCAGGGCUGCUCCUACACAAAGUUUUGCGCCCUAGAGAAGGGCAGGCCGUGUCAGUGGUCAUGAUUCGUGCCUAGCCUUACGUGCCGCCUGCGAUGACAUGCCCCGGUCUGCGGUUGAAGUUGGAGGUCACAGCAAAGCGGCACAACAGUCGCAUUGCAGUUCCAAAGCUUAUUG